GCAUUUAAUUGGGUAGAAAAAAAAUCAUCAAUUGCUAUGCUUAAAUAUAAAAAUCCAAACCUUGUAAUACCAAGUCAUCACACUCUUGAAGGUCAUGUAAUAAAAAAUGCUACACAAAAACUUUAUUUAGAAUUAGCAUUAAAAGCAAUUAAUGAUAAUAUUGGAGUAUUGCUAGCAUUUGAUGGUUGGAAAAACAUUUUAAAGCAGAAUAUAUUUGAAACAGUACUUAUCACAUCUUCUGGAGAAGUAUUAAUCUGGAAUGUUAAAGAUAUUAGUAUAGAGCUUGAGCGAACUAUUAAUAUAAUGUUCAAAGUUGAAAAAUUACUUAAAGAAUUAAAAGAUCAACAAAUUAAAGAGCAACCUCUUUUAAUUCUUAGCUUUUUGCUUUAUCCUGAUAUUUGUCUUACUCGAUUUAAAUUACCAAUUAAUGGUAUUACAUAUGCUGAAAUAGGAAAAUGGAUUAUAUAUUACUACUGUGCUUGGUUUGGAAAUUCACCAAAAAAAAUUAUUGCUAAAUUACAAGACUAUCAAGAUGAAUUGUUCCCUUUUUCAAAAAAUGAAUGGAACUUUUUUAAAGGAGUUAUUCUAAAUGUAUCCAUUGAGAGAUUAUUUUCAUCUAUAGGAUUUUUUCAUACAAAAACCAGAAAUUGGCUAAGUUCAAGAGUAUUAGAUACUUGGUUCUCAAUGAUAGAGGAUAAAGAAAAUACAAACCAAUUGUAUUAUGAAAAUGAUGAAUUAGAUAUGACCAAUUCAACCACUAGUCAAAAUUUAUUAAAUACAACUCAUUCUACAGAUAACCAGUCUGCUAAAUGGCAGUUAGAAGAUUUAUUUGUAACUGAUUUAAUCAUACUACAUUAUAUCAUAGAGACUGAAAAGCAUAAAACAUUGAAAAAGUAA